AUGUCUGAUCCCAGGUCACCGCAUCUCAAGAAGCGUGAUACCCCUCCAUGGGGCUUAUACCAACGCGAGAACUUUUGGAAACUCAAUGACGGAGAGACUCCACCAUUUAACACGCACCCCAAUAAGCUUGAGGAGCUCGCCAAGAAGAAGCUCACUGAAAAUGGCUGGCUCUACGCUUCAUCCAACGCAGGCCUUUCAGAUACACAUCUCGCGAACCGCCAAGCUUUCUUUCGACACAAGAUCGUACCUCGUCAGCUUGUAGACACUAAUGAACGAUCUACUAGAACCACCAUCUUCGGCCAUGAGGUCUCUGCACCGUUUGGAAUUGCACCUAUUGGAAUCAACAAGAUCUAUCAUCCUCAAGGCGAGCUUCCUGUUGCUAAGGUCGCUGGUGAGCUUGGCAUUCCUUACAGCCUCUCAACCGCGGGCUCCUGUCCGAUCGAAGACGUUGCAGAAGCAAAUAACGCUGGUCGGAAGAUUGCACAGAACAGCGAAGAGAGUCAUCGCAUACCUGAGGGCCCACGCUUCUUCCAGCUCUAUAUGCCUCAUGAUGACGAACUCACCUUGUCACUACUGAAGCGAGCUCAUGAAUCCGGGUUCUCCGCUUGUAUCUUAACUACAGAUACCUGGCAACUUGGAUGGCGACAUGACGACGUUGCGACGUCCAACUACGCUUUCUACCGAGGCAUCGGCGCCGACUUGGGUCUCUCGGAUCCAGUCUUCCAGAAGCGCUUAGCUGAACAUGGCAUCGACCCGAAGAAGCAGCCCGCCGAGGCAGGCGCACUCUGGAUCGAUAAUGUUUGGCACGGCCGUGCAUGGUCUUGGGAGAAAGCUGUCUGGGCACGGGAGAAGUGGCAGGAGAUAAGCGGCGGAAAGCCGUUUUUGAUCAAGGGCAUUCAGCGCGUGGAUGAUGCCGAAAAGGCAGCUGAUCUUGGGUUUGGAGGUAUUGUCGUCAGCAACCAUGCUGGUCGACAGGUUGAUGGGGCGAUUGGGAGUCUGGAUGCUUUGGAGAAGAUCGCGGAUAAGGUUGGUGAUCGUAUUGUUGUGACUUUUGAUAGCGGGGUCAGAGGAGCAGCUGAUAUCGUCAAGGCUCUUGCUCUGGGUGCCAAGUUUGUCUUUAUAGGUAGACUCUGGAUCUGGGGACUUAGUAUCAUGGGAGAACAUGGAGUAAGGCACGUGUUGAAGGGGCUGUUGGCUGAUCUGGAUAUUCUUAUGAACGUCGCGGGGUUGAACAAGGUCGAGGAUAUUGAUAAGACUCUUAUACAGUCCCAGCCUGUAAGCUUCAAGAGCAAGCUAUAA